AUAAUAAACGAGGUACUUUAAGGAGACUUGGUAGACGAACGUGUCUGUAGAGAGCUCUGUUCUGAUUUUGCAUUUCAUUAUGGCACCCAAGUCUCUGGACUCCAAAAUUGAGAAGAAAUCGAAAAUAGGCAGGCGUUGGAGAAAAAUAUUCCGCAAAAUUAAGAGGCUCCCAAAAGAACAAGAGGAGAAGUCUACAGCACAUGUUGACGGUUCAAAUAAAAUGGUCUCGAAAAAUUCAAAAAAUUCUAUGACUACCUCAGCAGAAUCCACAAUUGACGAUCCAUAUAAACUCCCCUUCGAGCAGAAAAGACAGUUGAUAGACGAGUUUUUCAAAGACCACGAUCCAGAUCUACCACUGGAUGACUCAGAGCUACCCUCAACCCUCUGCAAAGGAAAGGUGUCUGAACGUUUAAAAAGCUUUAGGUAUACCUCAGCAGAAGACACGCAUAAAGAUCGACGUCAGCCAACGUUAAAGAAGAAAAAUAGAGUUGAUAGACGAGACUUUCAAAGGCCAAGAUGCAGAUGUACCAGAGAAGUCUGUCAAGACUGAUGACUCAGAUCUACCCUCAGCCCUCUGCAAAGGAAAGGUGUCUGAAAAUUUAAAAAACUUUAGGUCUAUCUCAGCAGAAGACACGCUUGAGGAAUGCAAGUAAAUCACUUUCACAUAGAAGCGACAGUUGUUACAGGGUUGUUUUAUAUAAUAUGUCGCUGCUCCUGAGGAGAUAGGACAAGCAUGUGGGACGUCUGACUACCGUAACUCUGAGACAUCAGGGCAGUCAAUGACGGAGGAAUACCAGGACAAGCGUUGCGACGAGACUGGGGGUAACCGACUACGUCUGGAAGACAGACUGAUGUUCAGCAAAAGCGUUAAACUGCACCAGAAUCAGCAUAUCCAACGGUCUGUGGUUGUUUAAAAGCUGGAAGCACUUCAGACCGUCUUCUUCCUCAGCUGGCGCUGCGGUCCUCAAAAUCCUUCAGAAUCAGGAUAUCAUAAAGCAUCGCUGUGCUCAUCAGGACUUGCCGUGGGUUCUUCUGUUGAACGUCACGAGUUCCCGGAAGAAACAGGGUACAAGACACCCUUCUGGGACACUGCGCUGUCUAGUCUCGCAGAAGCAGAUCGACGUUUCAGAGAUGGACUCUGCCCCUGUAAUCAAGGCGAUUAGGGAAAAAUGCGCGUGAUAUUUUGGCUAGAGAUUUGAGAACCGGACAGUCGAGGUACAAUCUUGGCUUCAUCAGGGUGUCAGGGGGAGUGAGCGAGGACUGGGUGAAGACGGCGAGUGAGCAAUUGAGAAGAAAGAGCGGACUACAGCCUGUCCAAGAGGGGGGGAGAGAUGAAAGGGAGAAUUAUAUGAUGAGUGUGACGAGGGUAGGACUUCCACGGUCCCUUCCAUGGCUCUGUCUCACCCUCCCCUCGAUUUCCAGUCUUUAUUCCGCCCUGUUUCCUUACUUCCUUACUUCCUCCCUUCCUCCCACCUCCCAAACCCCUUGCGACGGCUCAGGUUCUAACUUGUCCAAUCUCUAUUAAAUUUUUCACGCGCAGCUUACUCAUCGCCCUGAUGAUGGAAGUAGUAAACACCUCCGAAACUUCCGUCUACUUUUACGAUACUAUAAGGCGCAGUUUUUCGGAGGGACCGGAAGCAGACACCUAGUUUUUGUCCAUUAGUAUAGACCUGUGAACCGCCACGGUGGUCUAGCGGUUAGAACGCUAACCUUGUAAUCCUGGGGUCUCGGGUUCAAUUCCCGGUGGUGCUCAGAUUUAUAACUUGUGUUGGGCAAGGCCGUGGU